AUGGAUUCAAGAAUCCAACAAGUCAACCAACUCCUUCAAGACCUGAAGGACCUAAUCGAAGUCCUUCAAGAAAUGGACCCAAGCACAAAAAAAAUCACAGACGAACGUCUAGAAACGAUUAAGGAGCAGCUGCUAAGUAUUCCCACCUGUGCAAUCCCACUAAUCGCAACAACCCCAACAACGCCUCCAAUUGCAUUGCCUUCAAUUCUAGCAGAUAGUCCAGGGGCUGAUCAAAUCUACCUUUAUGAUGAACGGCUAGUUAUCAUGGCCCGGGCCCUUGUCCACCCAUUAACCUUUUUGUAA